AUGCGGGGUAUAAAGUCGAGGAGGAUCGUCGUUCUUUCGUACCCCAGAAAUCACCCACCAAGAUUAGCACACCCAGAACUCAGUAUGAAAUAUACCGAGUCCGCCAGAGGCGACACUGAAUGGCUCGUUCCCGAGCUUCUUCCCGAUUCGCUUUGGAGCCUUGGCGCAAUUCAGUUUGGCACAUUUAGGCCCAACGUUGAGCGCAGUCUCCGUUACAACCUACUCAAGUAG